CAUUGCCUUUAGGGAGCGUUCGACCUGGUUAUCAUGUGAUUUCACGAAAACGAGUGACGUUUGGAAAACACACGUGACCGAAAGAAACGAACAAAUUGCUAGUAUUCACAGCACGGUCAGACUGUUUAUGUGUUUACAUGUCUAUUUUCUCUUCUGCUUUUACCCACGGGGGAAAAUAUCGGGUUCUUUGAAAGGGAUUCAUCAAGGAAGGCAUAUCUUCAGAACAUUGACCAACAAUGGACCAGUCCUCUCGAUUAUUUUUUUAAAGGUUUUAGGAAUAAAAAAGAUAUGAAAUAUAUCCUUCUAUCUAUUUAUUUGAUGUUGCAGUGUUUUUAUGCCCUGUGUACCCUCCCUGCUCCGGUCAAUGUUACCAUCGAUUCUCUCAACUUCCACCAUGUUCUCCGCUGGAUCCCUGGGCCAGGCACACCACCCGGGACCAUGUACAAGAUCUUACACAGAGAAGACAACAUGACCCUACAGCUACAGCAUCAAACCAACAUGACAAAUCAGAAGCUGGAUCUGAAGUACCCCAAAGAAGAAUACAGAUUGUGUGUUCGGGCUUCCCACGAGCUCUUCGAGUCGCCCCUGACCGUGAUCACCUUCACCCCCUACACACAGACUGUUAUUGGUCCUCCGACAUUGUCUUUGGAUGGAUGUGGCAAUUGUCUGGUAAUCAACAUCACACUGCCUGAGAUGGAAACCAUUCAAAAUGUCUAUGGGAGCACCGUAUCCUUUCAGAUCGACUGGAAGAGCGCAGGAGAGACUCGGAUAAAAGAGACCCGUACAACUAAUUUAAGUUAUAUGCUGGAGAACUUGAAUGUGGGCACAGAGUACUGUGUGAGGGUGCAUACGAUGAUCACCACCAACCAAAAAACACAGCUUUCUGAGUGGAAGUGUGCACACACCAGUAUUGUGGAGGCUAACAGAGUCCCUGCUGUUGUAGCUGGGGUGUCGGUUCUCCUCAUUGUGAGUGGGGCAGGCCUGAUGGUUCUCAUGUUUGUCUUGUUCUACACUGGGUUCUUGUGCAAGUUGAAGGCCCAUCUGCCUAGAUCACUGACUGCCCUGGUUGAGGGCUACCUAGUCACCCCAGAGAGAACAGUUCCUGACCUGGUCUCCAUAUCCUCUGAGCCAGAGCAACAAGGGAAGGCCCUCACAACAAAAGCACACCACAACAGAGAGAACUCGAACCGAGCAGGGGAGGAAGAAGAGGAGGAGGAUGAUGAAGAGGAGGGGGGAAACGGCGCGGUCUACAUGGACCGCGAUGCGGGGCUCUCCUUUGAUAGCAGCUCCAGCACCAUACAGUCCCAGGAAGCAUCAGGGGCUAAUGUUGCCCUUCUUAAUGUAGCAGGGCAUUCUGGGGGGUUGAGUUUUGAGACCGCAGCUGAAGAGGAAGUUCCUGUGGGUGUGGUGGUGCUUGGAGGUCAGGGUCAGAGCGAGGUCAAAGGUGAACUAACGAAGGUCAUUUCCAGCCUAGACAGAGAUCAACCCAGACCUCUGGGACUUGUAGGGUUGGGUGGAGAGGAGGAGAAAGAGAUGAGUGAGGUGGAGAAAGAGAUGAGGGAGGAGACCUCUGGUAAUGUCAAUCUGUUCUCUGUGACUCUGGGGGCUUUAAAGAGGGAGGAGGAGGAGGAGCAUGAGACAGAUGUUUUAUUAGGCUGUUCCAAACAGGAGCAGAAGCCUCUACUUCCCAUAGACUCCUUACAGAGGACAUUAGGACUGGACAGCAUGGGAUCACAGGGUGAGAUACAGGAAGGUACAGGCCUAGUACUGUCACGGGCAGACUGCACACACACAUACUUUGAAUAUUCAGAUAGACAUGCUGUCAGCUGUACAAAGGCAUACUCUGACUGCCUGGUAAUGCACACUGGCACUGUGCAGUCUCACAAUGAGACGGAGGAGGAGGAGGAAGAAGAAGACUUCUCAGGCUAUAUGGGACAUUGAUGCGUGCGUGCAUAGCGUGGUUCAUUCUGCGUUGUGUACUUUUAAUUAGGACGCUGCCACAACUGAAGGUCUGCUAGUUUAAUUAUUUUUAUUUGCCCUGCACACGAAGAGACAACACACAUUAUGUUAACCCUUGGCACAGUCCUAGCUCUCAGGCACCUGCACAUGAAGAGACAACACACAUUAUGUUAACCCUUGGCACAGUCCUAGCUCUCAGGCACCUGCACAUGAAGAGACAACACACAUUAUGUUAACCCUUGGCACAGUCCUAGCUCUCAGGCACCUGCACAUGAAGAGACAACACACAUUAU